AAUAUAGUAUUAUUAUUGAAAUUUUUUUAAAAAAUUGUAGUAUUAAAAAUUCAUAAUAUCGGAAGUUCGGAACCUUAAAUUCAAAGUUGAAACAUGUAUCCUCCAAACAAUUCACAAACAAAAACUUCCAUCCCGCUCGUGGUCGAAUUCUGCGAAGCCGUCGAGGGACAAUUCGAGAGGAAAAACGGGCCGGGGAAAUUUCCCAUUUUGAUUUGAAGCUUUUCUCCAUGGUUUCCAAAUAAUCUUAAGUCAGAUGAACUUCAGAAGAAUCAUAAUCAGCAGGCCAUUUAUCAACUUCGUCAUCCGCACUCAUGCACUACAAUUUUCCACCAGCCCAUAUCUCCUCCUACCUCAUGCACCUUUGCUUAAUAGCCCUGUCACCCCAGUUAACCCUGAUCAUCUCCUCAGGGUAUGCACAAUCCUCUACCAGCAACAAGAUGCAUCAGACUCCAAGCUUCAGGCACACCUCCAGAAAACUGAAUUCAGCCUUAGUCAUGAAUUUUUUUUACAAGUAUGCAACAAAUUCCCCCUUUCAUGGCGACCAGUUUACUGCUUUUAUCAUUUUACUUUGUCUUGCCAUUGGUUCACACACACCCCUGUCACCUAUAAUAAGAUGCUUGAUAUAGUUGGUAAGUCUAGAAACAUUGAUCUCUUUUGGGAAUUGUUAAAUGAAAUGGCACAGAAAAAAGUUGCUACUGAUAAAACAUUUCGGAUUGCGUUGAAAACACUAGCUGCUGCUAGGGAGUUGAAGAAAUGCGUGGAUUAUUUUCAUAUGAUGAAUGCUCAUGAGUAUGGCUAUAGCUUGGAUAUUUUGAAUAAGGUUGUUGAGACACUGUGUAAGGAAAAGCUAGUAGAGGAGGCAAAGUAUGUUGUGGUGAAGCUGAAGGAGUGGAUUACACCAAAUCAAGUUACUUAUAAGCACUUAAUUUGUGGAUUUUGUGAUGUUGGGGAUGUGAUUGAGGCUUCAAAGUUGUGGAAUUUGAUGACGGAAGAUGGAAUUGAAGCUGAUAUAGAUGUUGUAAAUACUAUGAUGGAAAGGUUUUUCAAGGAUAAUCAAUUUAAUCAAGGCUUAAAGCUCUUUCAAACAAUGAGGAUGAAAAGGAUGGAGGAAGUUGGACUUUCGACGUAUAGUAUCAUUAUUAAGUGGAUGUGUAAAAGGGGCAAACUUUCUCAGGCUCAUUUGGUCUUUGAAGAAAUGCAAAAGAAAGAAAUCCAACCGGAUAAUGCAACAUUGGCGUCACUAAUAUAUGGUCUUGUGUCAAAAAAUCGAGUUCGAGAGGCAUAUGUGAUUAUGGAAAAUACUGAAAAACCAGAUAUAAGCAUGUACCAUUCCUUGAUUAAGGGAUUUCUGAAAUUGCGAAGGGCCAGUGAUGCAACAGAUGUUUUCAGACUGAUGAUAAGAAAAGGGUGUGAACCUAUUAUGCAUACCUAUAUCAUGUUAUUGCAAGGGCAUCUAGGGAAGAGAGGAAGGAAGGGAAAUGACCCCCUUGUUAAUUUCGAUUCCAUAUUUGUUGGGGGUUUGGUUAAAGCUGGUAAAGUUCUGGAAGCCACCAAGUAUACUGAACGAACCAUGAACAGAGGACUUGAGGUGCCGAGGUUUGACUAUAACAAAUUCUUGAAUUACUACUCCAAUGAGGAUGGUGUAAUUAUGUUUGAGGAAGUUGGAAAGAAAUUGAGAGAGGUUGGAUUAUUUGACUUAGCAGACAUAUUUACGAGAUAUGGGAAGAAAAUGGCUACGAGAGAUAGAAGGAGAACUAGAAAUUUUUCUGAAUAACUGCCAAUACUUUGACAAUUUGACAUUUAGUCACUCUGUAAUAUGUCGGCUUUAAGAAUGUUCUGCUCUGAUUAGGUUUAGAGCUUGUUUUUGUUACAAUAUCCUGAAUCCUGAUACGUCUAGGGAUCUUUGGGCUUUUUGUACUGAAUUUAAUGAGUAAGUCGUACUUUUUUGGUAUGUGAUUGUGGAUAUAAAAGUAAGAAAUUGAGAAGGUUUUGUAUCUUGAUUGCUUGAGAUUUUCAUUUCAAGAUUGUGGAAAUUGUAAAUUUGGAAUCCUUUAGGCAGUAUGGAGAUAUAAAUGUAGCUACCUCCUGCAAAAUACUAGAAGCUUUUAAUACAUAUGGACUAUCAAAGCUUAAUCAGGUGCAAACAGAGUGUUCAUGGCUUGCCAAAAGAUUAAGUUAAUUUGUUCUGGUAACUUGCAGUUUGAGCCUUAGAGGAAUUAUAGUUCGUUAUGAACUACACGUCUACAUGAAUACAUUGAUAUUGCGGACUACACCCAUUACACCUUUGUUUGACGUAUUGAUGUUGUAUCUAGUGCUUCGACUUGGAUUAAAAUUCUCAGUUGGAUUAUCAACCAGAGAAUGUCAAUAUCUCCAUUCAUGCACCUCGAUCAAGCAUAGCCAUAUCGCCUCUUACACGCGUUUGGCUUACAAACAUUCAUUCGCUUGGAUCUGUGAGAUUCAACUAAUUGCAGUAUCUCUACCACAUUUUAUUGCUCUUGAGAAACUUCAAAGCAUCUGAUUUGUAUAUUCAGUCUCUUCAAAGGGUCAAGCAGAAACAACUUCUUUGUUUUACAAGGGCAAUGUUGCAUUCAUCCAAUCCCCAAACCUCGCCUGAUGGGAGAAACUUGAUGAAAUUGGGUGUGAUCAGAUGUUGUAGUCUCUUUCAUGGCUAGUUAAUUCUUGAAAAGGAAAACACAUUCGUAUUCUUCUUGGUACUUUUAUGAUUUAUGACAGCAUUUAUCCCCGUUAUUGAGGACCAUUGUAAUAUCUUUCUAAUUCUAGUUCUUGAUUUAUACAGGUGAUGAUGGUCGUCGUAAGCAUGUCCAUUGGUUUGUUGUUCCGCUUUUGGUCUGGUGGCUCUAAGCCAUUUAACUAUGUACUUGAUCCCUCGGCUAAUAGCAUUUUCCGACUUUUAGAGGCAAAAUCAUACAGCCUUACAGGGAAAUCAUCGGCGUUAAAAGCAACUUCAAUUUGAAAAGUGCGAGCUGGUGUAUCUGCUGCUACUUUGCUGAAAAAAAAUUUGUACAUGAUAUAUUAAGCUUGAGCUUUAUAGGUCGAUGAAGAUGUAUGGUUGGAUGUUCAGGCUAACAUUCUUUUGUGAAGCCUUGUACUACUGUACAUCAGUGUAAAUUUGGGUUCUUACAUCUAUCAUUAAUAAAGAUCUUUAUAUUACAUUUUACC